AAAAGAAAAAAGAUCCUUCUAAAAUUAAAGCCUGUUUGCGCUAGUCAUCUAGUAUCCGUCGUCGUCGUCGUGUCGUACGCUUUUGCUUCGGUGGUUUCGAAAAUGGAGGUGGCGAACAAGGUGGUGAGCGCCGGAAUGCGCUUGGCGAACAACAGCACGGUGAUAAGCGUGUGCCUAGUCGGAUCCUUCAUUGCUCUGAGCGCAAGGUCAGUGAAGCAGCAAAACAAAAUCGAAGCUCUAGAGGCGGAGAAGGACUCCCUCAUCAAAUCGAACAAGGCCACCAAGAAGACCAUGUGGGACUGGAAGCAACAGCUCUAUGCCGAAGCCGGCACCGACUCCGCUCUCGUCCCUCUCGCCAGACUCAAGGCCAUCUACGGCGAAGCCCCAACUCCCCCAAUCGCUGUGAAGGAGGAUUCGAAAUCUGCAGACGCUAAAUUUGUGGUCUGAGGGCUGCCUGCGUUUUUGUUCUGCCCACCAGGUGUUUGUGAAAAUGCCUCAGACAAGGUGCUAGAGUUUAGCCUUUUGUGAACCUUAUGUGUAUGUUGAUCAUUGUCUCAAUGUUAUGUGGCAUUUGCAACAAGCCCAUAUUGUUUUCUAGAUCAAUGACAUUUGGUUGAAGUGGAUUGUAUUCCAAGCAAACUUUGUUGGAUUGGUAUGCUGUUCUCAUCAUUUUCAUAUAAACCCUAAAACGUCGAAGUAUAAGACGGAGAAUUCUCCUCUCAGAAUUUCCAAGCUAUA